AAUGAAAAUGCGAUCCUGGCACCUAAAACAUUAUAAUCUUCGAUGAUUCUCUUUGUAUGUUUUCACCUAUCUGCGACAUCGACUCGGAUACCGAGAUUAACUACACCGAUUGUGAAAUGUGAAUGCUUCCCGAGAGCAUAAAAGCUAGUGGUGGUGGAUCCUUCAACGGUCUCAGUCAGGAGGAGUAAAUGGCGAUCGCACAGAACAGCCUGAGCUCCACCAGAGUGCCUUAUCUUCUUCUUGUCGAAGUUCAUGGCAAGAGGAAAUCGUUCUCUGGGUCUUCCAUUAGAUGUGCGAAGAAGAGAGAUAUUGCAGAUACUCGUCAGAGUAAGAAGGCCAUUCUCCCAUCCCUGAGAGUUUCAAGCCCAGCUAUUGCUCGGUCUGCUCUCGCCGUCUUCGGGUUGGGAUUCAUCGAUGCCGGGUACAGCGGGGACUGGUCGAGGAUUGGGGUGAUCUCGAAGGAGGGCGAGGAUUUGCUCAAAGUUGCUGCAUUCGUAGUAAUUCCAUUGUGCCUCUCUGCUAUACUCUCUAUUUCCAAAGAACAAGAGCCCUGAAAUUCCAUUUUCGAUCAAUCUUGAUCUGUAUCAGUUUCAAUCUUAAUUUGCCGCACUCGUAAAAGCAGAUUUGUAUAUGAGUGACAAUGAACUUGGUUUCGAGAGAAAUCAAAACUGCUCUCAUGUCCGCCCUUCCCUA